AUGCAUCGCCACAGACCUGGUAGUUUACAUCAGUCUAAUAAACCCUUCAAGAGUCGGCAUGCCACCAAGGGUGCUUUAAAAGAAGUCUCCAAGGGUAAAGUGAACCGAGCCUCCAUCAAGCAAAGCGGAGGUAUGAAGACACUGUCCAAAGCCGAUCGUCGACAUGCCGCCAAGGUAUUGCAGCAAAAGAAACGAGAAGAGAUCACCCGAAUGAGUCGUAUCUUUGAGGGACGUCAGGGCGCUCCCAAGAUUGUGCCUGUAUUACCACUGUGUCCUGACAGUGAGGUGCAUACGGCCAUUUCUGCUCUUUACAAGUCCUUAGGCCAAGAGGCACCUAAACAUGCGUCUGAAGAACCUACAGUACUGAACGUAGAACGAUUUAAGCAAAAGAUUCAACUUGUACCAUUAACUAAGCGACGCUUUUUGGACACUCUUGACGCAUUCAAAGUUGCCGAUUUUGGUAUUUUAUUAAUGUCAGCCGAUGUCGAAGUCGAUCAGUUAGGUAUCAACUGUCUUUUGGGCAUUCUCAACCAAGGUAUUGUCAAUGUUGUGCCUGUCGUUCAGCAUAUUGAGAGAGUUCAACCAAAGCUUCGCACCAGUACAAAGAAAUCAUUGACCUCAUUCAUUCAACAGUUUUUUCCUGAAGAAGAACAUCUCUUUACGCUUGAUACCGACACAGAUGCCAUGAACACCUUACGUUUCAUCACAUCACAGCGCCCCAAGCCAAUGUCCUGGCGUGAUCAUCAUCCUUAUAUGCUUGCCGAUGAGGUCACUUUUGACCCUGUUACACCAGAAAGAGGUACCCUCAAGGUAACUGGGUAUGCUCGCGGAAACCCCUUCAAUGCGAACAGACUUGUCCAUCUUCAGAAUUUUGGUGAUUUCCAGAUUCAGCAAAUAACGGGUGCACCACUCGAAUCACAGCAGGGUGAUAUGGAAGUUGAUGCAGCAGUGAUAGAUACCCCAAAGCCUGAUGAACAGGAUGACUUGAUUGCUGAAAAUGAACCUGAUUUUAUGGAUAACGAACAGACAUGGCCUACAGAAGAAGAAUUGGCUGAUGCUGAUGAACGGGUGCGUCGUAUGCAGGCUAUGGAAACAGAUGGUAACACCAAGCGUGUGCCUAAAGGUACUUCUUCGUACCAAGCUGCCUGGAUUGUUGAUGAUGAUGAUCAAAACUACAGUGAAGAUGAGUUUGAGGAUGAGGAUGGAAAUGAUGCGAUGAUGACAGAAGACGCUGAUGACGAUAUUGUUGAACCUGCCUAUUCCUCAUUCCCUCCAGAAGAAGAAUACGAAGAAAUUCAGAUGGAUAGUAAAGAACAGUACAAGGAUGAACUGGACGCUGAAGAAGAAGCUAGACAGUAUGAAGAAUAUCUCAAGCAGAGACAAAAGGACUAUGAAACACAUAACGAAUUUCCUGAUGAAAUCGAUACGCCUAUGCAUAUCCCAGCCAGAGAACGUUUUGCUCGUUAUCGUGGUCUUCAAUCCUUCAGAACUUCACCUUGGGAUCCCUAUGAGAACUUGCCUGUGGACUAUGCAAGAAUCUUCCAAUUUGAAAACUAUGGUCGUACCAAGUCUCGUGUAUUGAACCAAGCCAUUGUUGGCAAUGUGAAGCCUGGUAGCCGAAUUACUAUCUGGAUUCAUAAUGUACCAGUAGAAGCCUUCCAAUCUUAUGAUAGAACAAGACCUUUUAUUGUGUUUGGUCUUUUACAGUAUGAACACAAGAUGUCACUUCUUAAUAUUCAAAUACAACGAGACAAUGCAUAUGAAGAGCCUGUCAAAUCAAAGGAUCCAAUGGUAAUGCAUAUGGGCUUCAGAAGAUAUAAUGUUCGACCCAUCUAUUCCCAAAAUACAAACAAGGGAUCAAACAAUGUUCAUAAAUUCGAAAGGUUCCUUCAACUAGGAAGAUCCUAUGUUGCUACAGUAUAUGGACCUAUUGCAUUUGGCAAGACACCAGUCAUGUUUUAUAAGGAAACAGAAAAUAAGAAUGAACCUAUUCUUGUGUCCACAGGCACAUUUAUGGAUGUAGAUGUCAAGCGUAUUAUUGCUAAACGAAUCAUUCUGAGUGGUCAUCCUUUCAAGAUCCAUAAACGAUCGGCUGUUGUCCGAUACAUGUUCUUCAAUGUUGAGGAUAUCUAUUGGUUUAAGCCUGUGCAGUUAACAACAAAGUAUGGUCGAGUGGGUCACAUCAAGGAAUCCUUGGGUACUCAUGGUUACAUGAAGUGUGUGUUUGACGGCACAUUAACACAACAAGACACUGUGAUGAUGUGUCUUUAUAAACGUGUGUUCCCCAAGUGGAAUACAGAACUUUACAGAGAUGGAUCAUCUCAAAUUGAUUGUAAUUAA